CUUCUCAAAUAUAUUCAAUAUUGUUAAUCCUUUUUGUCACUGGAAAAUACAGAUAAGGGUAUCUUCAAAGAUAAGCAAUGCUCCAAUUAUUCUGAAUGUGGACUAUGAUAUGUACUCAAAUAGUAUGGAUUCAGUGAGAGAUGCCCUAUGGUUUUUUCAUGGAUGAGGAGAAGGGUCAGGAGAUUGCUUAUGUACAGCAUUCACAAAACUUCGACAACAUCACUAAGAAUGAUCUCUAUGACAGUUCCAUCAAACCAAAUUUUGAGGUAGGAAGUGGCAUUUGGCAAUCUUUCAUCCAAUAAUAAUAAUAAUAAUAAUAAUAAUAUGGUAGAAGCAUAAAAAUGGGGGGAGGGGGGUCCCACCUUUCUUGAGGGGUUGGCGGUCAUGUUGCCUCUUACUAUUUUUGCGGCACAUUGCCUUUUAGGCUUUUUUUUUUUCCCUUAAUAAUAAUAAUAAUAAUAAUAACCCUAAGGGGUAAUUUCUCUGUUCGGUACAUAGUAUACAAAUGGUAUUACAUCAAAUUUACCCUUUUCACAUUAAUAAUUGCUUUUUGUCUCCUUUGAUUCAUGUCAACCAAGCAUUUUUAAUUAGAAGAAAAUCGAAUAAUAACAACAAUAGUAAUAGUAAUAUUAUAAUAAUAUACUUGCCAAUGAGAUUGAUAGCCUAGUGGAAAGAAGCCCUUGCCCAAUUCUUAUUCGAGUCGACUGGUUAUCGGGUUGGCACACCUCACUAUCACUUGUUAUUCUUGUGGAAAUGCUGCUUGCCAUAUGGGGGCUUUAGCCUGGCAGUUGUAAUCACUACCAUGGAACACCCUUUUUUCUUAUCGGAAAAAAAAUAGUAUAGUAUUGUACUUCAUAGACGAAAAGAGUUUGUCUUACUAAAUUUUAACAUUUUAAUUUCUUGGAAUGUUUUGUUAUUAAUGUGGAGCUCUAUAGCAUGGAUGGCUGUGGAGGGCAUCUCUACAUUGGAACUGGGUGCUUUCACAGAAGAGAUACCCUGUGUGGGUUGAAAUACACCGAGAAGUACAAGAGGAAGUGGAAAACAGAGGAUGAUAGAAUUGCAGGAGAAAGUUAGAAUGAAUUAAUAGAGAGAAUAAAGGGACUUGCGGAUUGUAGUAUUGAUGAGAAUACUCAAUGGGGAAAAGAGGUCUCUCUCUCUCUCUCAUACACACACACACAUACACAAUCUCUGAUGGUUCCUUGAUUGUGGAUUUGCAGAUGGGAGUGAAGUAUGGUUAUCCACUUGAGGAUGUAAUAACAGGUUUGACAAUUAAAUGUAGGGGAUGGAAAUCAGUGUAUCUCAAUCCAGCCAAGAAGGCCUUCCUUGGUCUUGCUCCUAUUACUUUAGAUCAGAUGCUUGUGCAACACAAAAGAUGGGCUGAAGGUCACCUUCAACUUUUUCUCUCAAGGUACUAUCCCCUAUGGCAAGGCCAUGGAAAGAUCACACUAGGACUUCAAAUGGCUUAUUCCUACUACAACAUUUGGGCUACUUACGGUCCUUUUACACUAUAUUAUCUCGUCAUCCCUUCACUUUGUCUCCUUAAAGGCAUUCCUCUCUUUCCAAAGGUUUCAAGCCCAUGGAUCCUGCCUUUCGCAUAUUUGAUCAUUGCAAGUUCCAUAAAUAGCUUAGGAGAGUUCUUAUGGACUGGUGGCUCAAUCCGAAGUUGGUGGAAUGACAAAAGGAAAUGGAUCCACAGAAAGACGGCUUCCUACAACUUUGCCAUUAUAGAAACAAUACUCAAGGAAUUAGGGUUUACUAAGUCAGCAUUUGCCAUCACAGCUAAGGUAGCUGAUGAUGAUGUGAUGAAGAGAUACGAGCAAGAGAUCAUGGAGUUUGGAACCAAUUCUCCAAUGCUUAGCAUCCUCACAACAGUUGCUUUGAUCAACUUAUUUAGUUUGGUUGGAGGGCUGAAGAGAUUGCUCAUGAGUCCUAGUGCUGAUGUUUUUGAUACUUGGAGCUUGCAAGUGUUUUUGUGUGGACUUGCGGUAGCCAUCAAUCUUCCAAUCUACCAAGGCCUCUUCUUUCGCAAGGACAAUGGCCGCAUACCUAUCUCUCUUGUGUCGAGAUCAAUUGUUUUAGCUUUAAUUGUCAGUAUGCUACCCAUGUACUAGUUUGUAGCUGAAAAACAUUUAUAUAUA